AAAGUUAAUAAAUCCUUUAGUAGUCACGUUACGUCAUUUUUGUGGGUCAUCUUAGCUUUUGUUUACCUUACUUGACAUUACUUUAAGUUAGUUAUCUAUAUAUAAAUAUGAGUGGGAAACCUAAAACUCCCAUAUCUUCUCCGAAACCUCAGACUCGGUCUUCUGUUAGACCUACAACUCCUCCAGUAUCAUUAUCAUCCGGUGAUAAGAGAAGUAGUCGACUUUCAUCUCAAUAUUUAAGAACUCCUGAACAAUCUGAUAAUUCUAAUUCAAUACCAUUUUCUCCCUCAUUAAAACGAACUAAUUCAGGUAAUUAUAAAUCUCCAGAUUAUAAAUUAAAUCAUCCUCAAGUUACUUCUCCAUAUAAUGCAUCUAAUUUAUUGAAGACUCCAAGACAUAGUGGAUAUGAUUCGGAUGAUAAUGGGUCAAGUGUGAGGCGGACAAAACUUCAAAAGACUCCUCAAUACUUUUCAUCUGCAAAGAAAUUAUUCCAAGGUGAUGAAAAUAGUCAUAAUUCAACUAGUACAAGUAGUAAUACUAAUAAAGAUGAUCUAACUGAAAUUAGUCUGCAAUUAAAAAGUAAAUUAAGUUCAGCAUUAGGGAAAAUACAGAGAGAUGAUAGUAAUAAAAUAUCAUUUACAGAAUUAAAAUUCGAUAUAGAAUCUUCUCCUACUAAGAAAUCAAAACCUAUAAGUGAAGUUUCAACAUUUUCACCAUCAAAAUCUUUACAACGAGCCAAUUUAAAUUUACAGACUUUACAACAAUCUCCAAUACCUAAAACUUCUUAUUCAAAUACUACAUCUCCUUAUUUACUACUGAAUCCUCAAUUUUCACCAUUAAAACAAAGCCCAAUCUUAAAUAAUGAUAAUGACAAACAACAUUUAAUUAAUUUACCUUCAAAUGAUGAAGAAUCAAGUGCUCAUUCCGCUUUAUUGGCUGCUUUAUCUCGACAGAGAAGAAAAUCAAGAUCAUCAUUUUCACAUAAGAAAAGGCCCUCAUGGGGGAAUACCAAUGAAGACGCUUUUUAUACUACUCCACUUAUGGUUCAACAACAACAACAUAUGCAACAACAUCUGGCUCAACACCUGGCUCAACCUCUGGGUUCACAUCUGGCUCAUCAUCUGCAACUGAAUCUGCAACUGUUGCAACCAUCACAUCCUCAACCAAUAAAGCUACCUCCAUUAAAUAUUAUGUUAGGAGGUAGUACAAUUCCUGGUAAUGAAGACCAUGCCCAUUCUACACCAGCAGUUCCUACUGAAUCUGAAAAGAAUAAUGAACAAGAUGCAGUAUUAUCAUUAAUGUCAUUAUCAUCACCCCAGUCCAUUAAAUUCGGUCAUAGCCGAAACCAUAGCUUAAAUAAUAAUAUUGUAACGUCACCUAUAUCUUCACGUUCAUCACUGGUUAUAAUGCAGAGCCCAAUAAAUUCUCAAACCAAUUCAGGACCUUUGGCUCCGUCGGCUCCUGCAGCCCCUUCAGCUCCUAUACUUCCACCAUUGUCUCGAUUAAUAGGGUCGGAUAAGAAACGUCUAAAGAAUCCGCAUAGUACACAUGAUGGAGCAGUUGAUAGUGAUGCUACUGAUGUUGAUGAGGACGCUGACGUUACAGAUGAAGAAGCUUAGGAAAGGUUCGAUUUCUAUUGUAUAACAUUUAUUUUCAUGAUAUCUUCAAUUCUAACAAUCUAUGAAUUAGUCACGUUUCUAUAUACUUAAUUAUUUAUUAACAAUAUAAGUUUUUAAAAGUUUUGCAUUUAUUAAUUUCAAGUUCAAGUUUUCGGCAUUUGGUCUGGACCUUUCGGGAUAAUUUGUGUGUGUCAAUGAAACAGUAAAUCCCCCAUUUAUUGUCGGUGUUUGAUUUUGGUAUCUGCAUUAGACGUUUCUGUCCCUCUUAUAUCAGGAGAGGCGACUUGUUGCGCACCGUUUAGGGCGGCGCAAUGUCAUGUCAAAUGCUAUCUUACUGUAAAGCGCAUUCCAAAAUAGAAUAAUUACGUAAAGGUAUGCCCUAGC